AUGGUGUUUGAAGGAGGUCUCAGAAUAAAAUGUAACAAAUGGGACCAGCAUUAUGAUAUGCAGGUAAUCUUCUUUUUUAAUCUUGGUCCAAGAAAGAUUAAGUUUCAAAAUAUCAAAAUUUGUCACCGGUCUCCACCUUGCCCUAGUACAUUUUUGUUUUACUGUGAUGGUGCUUCAGUUGGUAAUCCAGGAGCAGCAGGUUUUGGGGUUGUUGUAAGAGAUCAUAAUUGUCAGGUAAUAGGUACUCUAACUGGAGGUCUGGGAAUUGCAACCAAUUACAUUGUGGAAGUGUAUGAUGUUGCAUGUGUUGUGGAAUUGGCAGUGAUGUGGAAAAUGCGGCAUAUUAUUCUUAAUUCUGAUUCAAAGACUGUGAUAACUGAAUUUGCAAGGAAAAGUUCCAUGGUUCAUCAGGAUGAGGUGGAAUAA